AUGGGUCUUGUACACCACGGUUUAGAUCUUUUCAACUACGAUCAGCGAGUCUGUUCUAGUCAAGUCCUCAUCCCCAAAGACGGCACCCCUUCAAACAUCGAGUAUGACGAGUAUGUCGUCUACAAGAAGCCCGAAGAACUGGAAUCUGGGCCGCAAAAGGAUUCCCCUGGAGAGGGAGAGGAGCACAUCGUCCAUCAUUUCACACGAGAUGAUGCGUCGGGCACCACCCUGUUCGAUCUAGCAUUCCGCCAUGGCUUCCUCCUGGAUCGUAAUGGCGAAUUUCGUAGGCCAGACGGCACGGAAUCUCCCUCGGCCCGCAUGGAAGGUCGGAUCCGCAGAGUCAUCUGCUUCAAACGCAGGACACCCGCAGAUGGCGGUCGGGAUAUCCUCAGCAUGACUGUGGGCGACCUGGCCGCCAUGAAUUUGCACCCGGCGACUCUCCAGUACUCGACCCGUACGACAACGGAGUCGCGGUUUUGGUCCAAAGACAGAUCUGAACUGAGUGUGAUUCUGUCGUUUUCUGAAAUGCCAAGGACGCCUUGCGAUUUCCUUUCCAUGACGUACAACGUCCACACUCGUUCUGCCACCAUCUUGGUCCGGCAGUCGUGGGAACCCAGGAGGCACAACCUCGACGACCUCGAUGAGUACGACCAUCGUCUGGAGUCAUGCCGAGCUCACUGGGCCCACCCGCUCAUCAUGCCGGUCGUGCUUCUUCAGGUGCAGUUUAUGCGCUGCGAAGAAGCCGUCUCCGACAACAACAUGAACGUGGCCGCCCUGGAACACGACGUCAGCAACGUGGCCGGCUUCGACACCGAGGAACCGUCCCCCUUCCGCCUGAGACGGCAGAUGAGCAGGGACGAGAACGGCAAGGUCACCUGGGGCCCCAUGACCAUGGCGAACCUCAUGAAGCGGGCGCACGAGGUGUUGAAGGACACCAUCAAGCUGCUCGACACGAUCCGCUGGAUGGAGCGCGCCGUCAAGGUCCUGAUCUUGGCCGGCGACGAGCUCGCCGAGCGCAUGGGGAGCUCGCCUCAGUUCGGCCAGGACCUCAGCAUGUUGAGCCCCCUGAUCUUGGAUCCGGAGCGAGGCCUUCCCGUGAGCCCAGUGCUCCCUCCGACUUUCCGGGUCCAGGUUCCGGACGGAGAAAUAGACGGCGACUCGCUGGGCUCGCACUGGCACGAAAUCAGGCAGUACCUCGAUGGAUUGCUGCGGCUUUGCAUGGGCCUUGAAACCGAUAGGCGUAUGUCUGAGGCUCGGUGCCGUGCGCAGAUCGACAUGAUCUACAGUAAGAUGGCUCAGGAAGACAACGUGCUGAAUGCUCGCAUGGCGGUGGCGUCUUCUCGAGACAGCUCCGCCAUGAAGGCUCUGGCUGUCAUCACCGCCGUCUUCCUCCCCGGCGAGUUCCUCAGCAGCCUGUUCGGCAUGUCCAUGUUCGACUGGCUCGGUCCCGACGAGGAGGACGAAGGGUCAAGCGCAAGUUCAAACGAUGGCGUGGGCAACGUCAAGCGCUUCAGCCAGAGCUUCUGGGUCUUCUGGGCCGUAGCAAUCCCCGUGACUGUCUUCAUCCUCGUCGUGUGGCGCGCGUGGUGGGUGACGCAAGACCGGUACUUCCGGCGACACCUCUCGCACGAGCUCAGUGAGGAGCGGUUCUGGACCGCCGACGGCAUGCCUCGCAACUUGGACAAUAGCUUCGUGCACGACUUCUUCUACCUGUCGGCGCGGCGCGACGAGAAGGCCCGCGUGCAUGAGGAGCUGCCCGACCUCGAAGCCAUGGACUCGAUGAUGAAGGACGGGAGCGAGAGUGGCCCGGCACGCAGUGCGAGCAUGAGACAGCGGCAGAUCAUGGAGGCGAGAAUGUGGAGUAUGAAUCAGCGGUCGACGGCUGUGUGA